AUGUUCUAUUGGGCUAUGGAUCAUGUGCUAAUGGGAUAUGUCCAUUUCUUACCAUGCUCAUUUUCGGACGUAGUCAUGACAGCCAUCAAGCAUACACUUCAGCGGGAAGUGUUCCUUCCCGCUGAAGAGAGAUUAGUUGGUCUCGUCCAUGUUACAAAAGCAGGUAAAAAGAAGAAAAACAGCUUCCUUUGUGCUGCAGUGACCAUUGACAGUCCCAUCCAAGCUCACAUUUAUCAAUUAAAAAAAACUGACAAAGGAGAUUCUUAUAAGAAAAAAUUAUCCUGGCUUCUAAGAGAACUGAAGGUAGUUGAUGGCAAAGAUAUCAAUAAGUUCCAUGAAACUGCAGAAUUUGAUCUUCACUUUGAGAAAGUUUACAAAUGGGUUGCCAGCAACAUUACAGAGAAAUCUAGCUUCAUAUCUUGUCUCUGGAGAUUAAGCCAAAGAUACAGAGUACAGAAAGCAGAGUUCCCAAAUAUUCCUAAAUCUUUAUUGGAAGAAGUGUCACGUCCAACUGGUCAAAGCCAGAUUGUUCCAGGAACUGAUGACAUUGCUAUGGUUGAUGAAGACUACCAAGCACUAUCAUCUAAGGAGGAAUCAGAUCUUGAUCUGCUCAUGUCUGAAUGUCAAAUGGCUAUCAGCAAUGCAGAAGCCUUUGCUGAACAAUUAUCUAAGCAAUUGUCUGUUUUGGAUGGGGAAAACAUCCAUUCCAUCAUGGGAUCUGAGGACCAAGUGCUGAACUUGAUGCGUCUUUUAGACAGAGGUAUUCAUCAGGCAACUGAAGUGGAGGCCAAGCUGAAUGGUUAUGAUGCCAUCCUUAAGAAUGUCAAAGAUCAAAUGGAAGUGAUGAAAGACAAAGAUACAUUAAUUAACCUGAGAAACACAAACCACCAAAAACUGCUUGAAGAGUUAGACAAUUUAGUGAGCAAGCUGGAUUUAGACAUCAAACACACAUGUGCUCUCUUAGAUGGAGACUUGCAGAGCCAAGCAGGUAUCAAUGAAUGUACAGCUGCAGCAGAAGCUUUGCAAAAGUGUUUACACACUGACAUUCAUCCAGCUUUGCAGAAUAUGGCAGCAGUUGAAGAACAGCAGAAACGUUUUGAAAACUUCACUAAUCAAUUUGCUAAGAGACUUGCUCACCACUUGAACUGUUUGUUUAUACAACAAGGUAAUGAGAUGGGUGAGACUUUGAGCCGUUGUGCUAAUGAUCUGAGACUGCCUCAGCACCGGUCUAGCCACAGUGACUUGAUGCCAUAUGCUGACCUCAUGUUGUGGCUGAAAGGAGCAAAUUAUGAAAGUUUUCUCAAACUUUCUAAAGUAUACACAGAAUCAUUGAGUAAACUAUACAAUAAGGAGAUUCAAGAUUUUCUGGAAUGUGCCCGACAGAGAUUGAUCGGCAAAGGAGACAAAGGAAAACUUAAUCAGAAGACAUCUUCAUCCUCCAGUUUGACCAAAGUGUCUGAACGAGGACGAUCAGCUUCCAUUCAAAGUGUAGAUUCUGCUUCCAUCUCUCAUCAUGGAUCAGACAUCGAUCUUGCUUCUCGGCAAUUAUUUGACCAAAUCUUAGAUAAAGUUCUCUCUGAACUGGAGCCUGUAUGCCUUGCUGAACAACACUUCACUGUUCAUUUCUUUCAUCUUGCUGACUCUCAGAAUACUGCACAAAUGGAACAAUCACACCAAGAUGGUGAAGAUGGUGAAUUAUGGCAGAAUAAGAAACCUAGCAAUGAGGAUUACUUUGUGGAAAACUUAGGUGAAGGCUUGUAUCAAAAGCGAACAACAGUGCAAGUGAGACAGAUGAAUGAAGAAAUGAGGCGUAUGAUGACAGAACUGUUCCCCAACUUGGAAACUGAGUUAGAAAACUUCAUUGCUUUUGCAGACAAACUGGAUGGAUGUAAUUCAAUGUAUAUGUUGGUGCGUAUGAGCCAACAUGUGAUAAACACACAAGACACAGGCUCCUUCCUCAGCAUGACAUUUGCCAACUGUUUGGUGAAAAUCAAACGCAACUUUGAUCGAUUCAUUCAAAACCAAAUAACAGCUAUACAGGAGAGCAAAAUAUCAAAGAAGAACAAAUGUGGCAUCAUCAGUUUUGUUCAUCAUUUUGAAGAUUUUGCUAAUCAAGCCGAAAUAAUCUUCAAAGGAUCUGAUCGACGUGCAGAUUUGGAUAAAGCUUAUUGUCGACUAGUGCACACCAUUUCUACCGAAAUAGUACGGGUAGCAAAGGAGCAUCAAAAAACACCAGAACAUGUUGUUUCCAUGGAAAAUUUCCAUCGGAUGCAUUCAAUCUUGUCCCAAAUGAAGAUUUCCUGUUUGGAAUCUGAGCGGAAAGAUUUCAAGCAAAGAUACCAAGACAGUUUGCACGCAUACACUACUAUGCUGCUGGGACGGCCACUUGAUAAACUGCAUACCUUUUUUGAAGGGGUUGAGAGUCGAGUGGCAGCUGGAGUGAAAAUGGAAGAAGUUGGAUACCAAUUGGCUUUCAGUAAACAGGAAUUGCGUAAAGUGAUUAAAGAAUAUCCAGGCAAAGAGGUGAAGAAAGGGUUGGAACAUUUGUAUCGAAAAGUUGAAAAGCAGCUCUGUGAUGAAGAAAAUUUACUUCAGGUGGUGUGGCACACAAUGCAGGAUGAUUUCAUUAGGGCCUACAAACAUUAUGAUGGUCUUAUCAACAAUUGCUACCCGGGUUCCAUGAUUUCUCUUGAAUUCAGCAUGAACGAUGUCCUUGAGUAUUUCUCCAACAUUGCCCAAUCUCAUUAA